AUGGAUGAUCAGAGGAAAGAAAUCCUCUGGCAGCCAGAAGAAGAUGCUCUUCUCUUUUGUCUUUCAGUAGCCAACUGUCGAGUCAUGGAGGGACUGCAGAGAUAUUCCUCCAUCCCCACAUACCUGCCUGUCAACUACCAGGUGCUCAACGCUGACUUGGCUUUCUUCCUGAAAGAAGCCAACCAGGACUUCAUGAGGAACUCUAGCCUGAUGUCACGGACUGAACCCUUUUUCAUCUACCAGGCCAGAAGUUUGCCGUCCAUCAACACCAGCUAUGGGCCUCUGUCUGUUGAGCAGCCUGUCCCUUUAGAGCUCCUACAGACCCCGGGGACAUUUCCCGCCUCUUCUGUUUUUACCUUCAACUGGAAGGUGCAGACCUUCAUCAUGAAUACCAGGAUUCACUUGGCCAAGCCCAAAGUCCAGGUGCUGUUUUAUGUUGCAGGCAGGGACUGGGACGACUACAGCGCCAUCGACAAGCUGCCCUGUGUGCACAUGUUUGCUUUCCAUGAGACCCAGGAAGUGCGCGGCAGUUGCCAGCUGAAGGGGGGUCUGGGUUUGUGCGUGGCCGAGCUGGAGCCCUUGGCCGGUUGGUUCAGCCCACCCAGCGUAGUGCCGGGACGCCAGAAGAACCUCGAGAUGUCCGAGGGCACACCGGUGGAGCUGUACUACAUGCUGCAGUCCACAAAAGCCGGGGAGUGCCACUCAGAGGAGGCCAGGAAGGACAAUUUCAUCCGUUCAAGCCAGGAGGGGCUGUUUGGUUCCUACACUUCCACACCGCUGCGGAGGAUCGGUGGUGUGAGGCUCUACCAGAACCCCUCUCCUCCACCCCUCGCUGAACACAGGCUGGAUAAUAACUUUAUGGUGCUGGUGCCAGCAACACCCAUGAGACAGAGGGAAACCAUCUCUGCUUUUAUCAGCGUGGCAGCCUUCUCUCCUGUGGAGAUGUUUACUCUCAGGGUGAAGUUGAAAGAAGGAGUGACGUUUCUUGGGGCUCGUCCCAGCAAUCCCACUCAGUGGAUAGUGAGCCAGGAUGUGAGGAGCGAAGGCCACCGAGUGGUGACUCUUCACUGCCGCAGGAAGGAGUCCGGCUACGAUCAGCAAAGAUCUGAAAUGGGAGUUCAGAGGGUGCUCCAGGUGGAUCUGAAAAUGGAAAGCUUUCCGGAGCCGCUGGGCAGCCGCUGGAUGGCCUGGCAGGUGGAGUACCCGUCCAGUCGUGCAGCCACACAAGAGGCUGAGACGGAGAUCAAACUGGCGCAGGAGGCCCUGGCGGGCAUCGUGCCAUUGGCGAUGGACUCUGAGAUUUUGAACACUGCAGUGCUGACUGGGAAGACAGUGGCUGUGCCAGUAAAGGUGGUGACCAUUGGAAUAGAUGCUUCUGUUACCGACAUCUCGGAAGCAGUCAAGUGUAGAUCUACAGACGAAGAUGUGGUCAAGGUGUCAGACAGGUGCGACUAUGUUUUUGUUAACGGCAAGGAGAUGAAGGGCAAGGUGAAGAUGAUGGUGAACUUCACCUACGGAUACCUGAGUGCUCAACUGGAGCUCAACGUGUGGAUCCCUCGACUCCCCCUCCAGAUUGAAGUGUCAGACACCGAGCUGAGCCAGAUCAAAGGGUGGAGAGUACCCAUCAUGGCCACCAGUCAGAGGUCCACGCGGGACAGCGAGGACGAGGAUGAUGACGACAGACGUGGACGAAGCUGCACCCUGCAGUACCAGCACGCCAUUGUCAGGGUCCUGACACAUUUUGUGGCUGAGUCAGCAGAUCCCAGAGGCCAGACCAGCUUCAUGCUGGGCACUGAUUGGCAGGUGGACAUCACAGAGCUGGUGUGGGACUUCCUGAAGGUGGAGGACCCCCAAAUUGCAAAAAUACUGGACAGGAGGAUAUUGGUGGGGCUGGACAUGGGGAUGACCACUAUCCAGGUGUUGUCUCCUUUAUCCGACUCAAUCCUGGCAGAGAAGACUGUCACAGUGGUGGAUGACAAAGUGACCAUCACCGAGUUGGGGGUCCAGCUGGUGACGGGCCUCUCUAUGAGCCUGCAGCUCAGUACAGGAAGCAACAGAGCCAUCCUGGCUACCACGACCACACAGGAGAUUCUGCAGAGCCCCAAACAGGAAGCCUUGAUCAGCGCCUGGCUACAGUUUAGUGACGGCUCUGUUGCUCCUCUUGACCUUUAUAAUCCUGACUUUUUUGUCCUGACGGCUACCUCCCUGGAUGAAGAAAUAGUGACAGUGCAGCAGAACCCCUCGUGGAAAUGGCCUGUCAUAGUGACGGAGGCGGAGGGCCAAGGCCUGCUGGUCAGGGUGGAAAUGACUGUUUGCGAAGCCUGUCAGAAGUUUAAGCGCCGCAGCAUCCUGGCCGCUGGAAACUGUAACGUCAGAGUGAAGUUUGGUCACAGUGACAGCUCAAGGGGAGGGAUCAUCGACUACAGCCCCGAUGCAGACGAGAUGGAGAACAGAGGCAGACUCUCCCCCUCCCAGGACAGGACUGGCCCUGGCACCCACUACUAUGGCAGCUCCAUCUCUGACAUGGAGGAUGGGGUGUUAAGGAGAGCCACCACCACUAGAAGUGCAAUAUUGCGCAGACCAAACGGGGAGAAACUUUCAGAUGAUAGUAGCCAGAACAUGCCAAUUGACUUUGCUGACUUCCCUGCACAAGUGGACCUGCCCCGUGGCCGCAAUAUGGAUGAUGACCUUAUUCAGACUGCUCGUGGACUUACAGACCUGGAGAUUGGCAUGUAUGCCCUGCUGGGGGUCUUCUGCCUCGCCAUCCUGGUUUUUCUCAUCAACUGCAUCUCCUAUACGCUGAAAUACCGCCACAAGGAGCUUUCGAUUGAGGGCCAGGAGAACAUGAACCAUGCUCACGAUUGGGUAUGGCUUGGCAACGAGGCAGAGUUGCUUGAGAGCCAAAUCAGCCUGUCACCCCAGCAGGAGGAACAGACCUCUAUGAUAGACUCGAGCAGCGGGCUUGAGGAAGGCAGCCACCUGCUGAACGGAGGCUCAGCCCAGAAGAAUGUGCAGGGCCAAGUGCACCGGGGAGCGGAUACAGGGUGCAUAGUCAAGGACAGUAAAGGAGACUCACCCACCACCAAGAGGAAGAGAGUCAAGUUCACCACGUUCACCACCAUCCCCUCGGACAGUAGCUACCCCACUGUUAACACACUGACUGGAAGCCACUGCCAGGACAUUAAGUGGGUGUGCCAAGAUGUGGAGCUGGGAGACUCCAAGGAGUUGCGCAAUUACAUGGAAAGAGGAGAGUGGGUCUGGACUGAAACCGGAUCCGGAAAUUGACGUCAGAAUCAUCCCAAACUGCCAAAGGGUCAUUAUAUUAAAGAGGAUUGUGGUGAUCCCACAAGUGACUGAUGAUGAAUCAUUUAUCAAAAAAAAAGUCAAUGAAAAACGUGAUUCUUUUGUUCAUUUGUUUAUCAGAUGAUUAGCUUUUUAUCAUUAAUUUUAAUACAACAGGGUUUAAGAUAGAACGAACCCAGGACUAGCAGCAACUGUGACGUGUACAAUUCAGACAACAUGUAGAUUUUAAAACAAACCAUAAGAUGGUUAGAUAGAUGUUCCCGAUGUGUGUGCACAUUAAAUGGUUUUGGAAGUUUUGUAACAUUUCAGAUUUUAAUUUCUUACAUCAGAUCCUUGAUCUAUGGAAGAGUUCUGUAAAGGCCAAAGCAAGCUAUGAGAAAAUUCUGCAUGUGGAUGGAAAAAAAAAGGCACAACUUUCUGGUUCAUUCUCAUUUUCCCUAACACAGCAGAAAACCUGUUCUGUAUAUACCAAACAGUCUCCAAGCAUUGUAUUGUUGCUCUGUAUAUUGUAUUUUCAUAACAUUUAAGAAAUACACAACAAUGUCAAGAGUAUGUAUCAGCUUUUCUUGACCACAGCCAUUAAGUCCUGAGGUCAGUCGAGGAUUGUGGUUGAGGAAAAGGAGCCACUUACACAUUAAUCUUUGUAUAAAGAGUAUUUCAUGACAUGCAAGUCACCAACAAGGCAAUGUAAUCUGCUCUUUUUAAUGCUGGCCAGUCAAGAAAGGCAGUGGUCAUUAAUACUCUCGUCUCGUCUAUUAGAACUUGUGCCCUAACAUGACAGCAGUGCAUGAAGGGGCUUUUGAACUAAAUUGCCGGACAACAUGGUAAUGUGACAUUUCCCGCUGUCCAGUCCCCACUUUAAAGUGAAUUGAUCUUUGAAGAAAAUGCCAAUUAAGGUCGUGUUACCUCUCUCCCAUAGCCUUCAGGAAAAGCAUACUGAUAAACUGUGUGUUAUGGACAAACUGGGAUGAAAUGUGCACUCCAUCUCUCGGGGAUAGUGUGGAUACAAAGAGGGAUAAUUAAAGGCAAGGUGGGAAAUUUGUUCUUUUUGAAAAAGGAUAUUUUAUUAUCCAGAUAAUUGCACAAAUAAUAAUCAUCUCUGAAAACUUGCUAAACAAAGGCAGUCGGGUGAAAAAUUGCCUUUUGCUCAGUGAACGUUAUUAUCAUCACAGUGGUGUUGGCUGAUUGCAUUUUUUUUGUGUUAUUAUUUUCUAUCAAGCAGAGAAGUGUUCACAUUAUGUUAACUGCUGCUGCAGUGUGGAUCAGACUGUCAAUCAGCAACACUCAGAUGGUUAGCUUGGAGGAAGGGAGGUGAGAUACUUAAGCAAAUAGUAGCACUACCUUGAGUGCAAUAAGGGGACGCCAUUCAGAUUAGAGCAACAGUCAGCACUGAAAGGAGUCCCUCCGACUCCUUUAAUAGUUUGAGUGGCUUUUUUAACUUUUAUUUAAUUAUUUCAAACAGCUUGUCGACUCAGUCUCUUUUUCUACUUCUGUGGUAAUGCAAAUGAUUUCCUGCUUGCUGAGCCACCAAAUCAUAACCACACAAACAAUUCAAGAAAUAGAUUUCAAAUUAAAAAAUAACAAGCCAUGAUAGCUAUUUAAUUUAGGAAAUAGUUUUAAAUGCUGAGAACUGGGCUUAUUUACCGUUUGCUGUUAACACAAUACAUUUGAAGCUACAACGAGUAGGCUACAGCAGUUGGUUAGCUUAGCAUUAAGACAACAUAUUGACUCUUUGUAGAGGGUAAAAUACUAGUGUAAAAAAAAUCUAUGGGUUUUGUGCCGACUAUACAUGGUUUGCACAAUAAGCUGCAUAAGUCGCAAUAUGUAGUUUCUUAGUUCUGAGCUUCAGAGGUGCUGUUUUUGUUAGCCUGGCCGAGCCAUGCUAGCAUUUUUGAGUCAGUGCUCAGCCGACCAGCUAUUAACAGAUCUAAAAAUCGACCAUUAACCAAAUACCUGGUAAUUAGCCUGUCUAUCCUGGUAUCUAAAAUAUCAUAUUUUUUAGUAUUUUUAAAAAUGUUAACUCAAAUGUUGUGGUGGCUAAUUCAACUAAAAGUUUAGACAACGAUGAAAUAUAUUACGAUUUUUCUUAGCCCUUUAUUUUUAAUCAUUAUAAAUGUAGCUUACAUUCAAGUUGUUUCCAUGAUUUAUUAACAGAUACACAGGAACAACUCUCCCUGCUCACUCAUUUGUCUCAGUUUCUGUUGUCCUGAUUUUUCUCUUUUUUUUCCUCCGGUGCAAUCUGCCUUGUGAUUUUCCUGCUUCUGCAGCUCUAUCAGUGGCUGCAGGGGAUUAUAGCGGGAUCCAUGUGCAGAGAGUGCUGUGUGCUGGGACCGUGGCUGCUGUGCCCAGCCUGUGGACUGUGAAGGGCGAUGAGAGCAAGUGCAGUUCCUGGGAGGGAUUCAACUGUCAGCCACAAGGGGCGUGAUUGAUGGAGGGCCCCAUGUAAUUAAAACACCACUGCGAGUCUCUUCCCGUGACCGUCGUCAGUGGUUCCAGCCUCUACAGGUAGGGGCAGAACAGCGCAGCCCAUUAAGGACCUGCUGUCUCCACCCCCUUGGGCUCCGGUUUUAGACAAGUGUUCACACCUGCUGGGAUGUUGCACAGCAGAUAUAAUGACUGUAUUUGUAUGUACUUCAAUUCUUAGAGCAUGGUAACUCAACACUCAUUUCUGUUGGCCUUGAUGUCUUGACUUCUCUGAGAUUAAAAGUAAAAAUCUUCCCCAGGCCUCCAUCUUAAAUGGAUUUUUAAUUAAAUUGAUGAUGUGAGACCAACAAACUCCCACUAAUGGUUGGCUGUGCUCCCCGUGGUCCUAAUAUGUCGGGUCUGUAUUUGCAAUUUCCAAGUGAUUAUUCAUUGCUUAAGUUAUGUUGCUUCCUUUGAAUUCCUUUUUUCAAAUCAGUUCACAGCAGUUCUACGUCAACUAAAAACUUACAACCACACUUUCUCAGAGGAACGAUAGAGCAGCUGUCAAGGUCAGCUUGAUUUACCAGUCCGACCGAUUUUCUACAGAUUAAACCACAGGGAACCAAAGACAACUGCAUUCAUAAGAAAAACACCCUUGUGCUCAAUCUGUGUCUUGUAAACACUAUCUUCCACUUGACGAGAGCACCAGUGGGAAGACAAAUAACAGAGCACACACACACACCCAUGCAUGCUCACACACAGAGUAUCUUGUCUCACUAGCCAUUUAAGUUAUUUUUGGCAAAAUUAAACGUAAAGCCCCUGAUGUCAGUCUAACCUUGAGUUCAUUAUAAUUGAACAGAAUUAGGCUGGCAAUAUUCCGUAUUUUUUUAAUUGUCACCAAAUCCCACAAUAAACAUGAACAUCCACAAUUUCCAUACU